AUGUUUAUGGCCUACGUGCCCCCGCCGACUUAUGUCAAUAAACUAAUAACCUCCAAGGGUAAAGUUGCAGAACUGCGGCUGGAACUCAACAGCGGCGGCAAGAAGGAUAAGAACUAUGCAAGCAAGAAGAUUGCGCUGAAGAAGAUUGUCGCCAACAUGACCAUGAGCAACAAUGAUAUGGUCGCGCUAUUCCCCGACAUCAUCGGCUGCAUGCAUAUCCAGAGUCUCGAGAUCAAGAAGAUGUGCUUCUUGUUCCUGGUCAACUACGCCAGGAUGCGGCCAGAAAUUGCCGUCCAGGCUAUUCCCGUGCUGGAGCAGGAUAUGGAAGAUCACAAUCCGCUGGUCAGAGCUUUGGCCCUGCGAACGAUGUCUUACAUACACGUCCGGGAAUUCGUCGAGGCGACUGUUCCUUUGGUCAAGCACAUGUUGAAGGACGCGGAUCCAUACGUGAGGAAGACGGCCGCCUUCUGCGUCGCAAAGCUAUAUGACCACGAUAGGCGCAUGAUCGAGGGGUCAGAUCUAAUCGACAGGCUCAACACGCUUCUCAGAGAUGACAACCCUACCGUAGUGGCCAGUGCGCUAGCAUCGUUGAUGGACAUUUGGGAGCGUAGUGACGCCAUCAAGCUCACCAUCGACUACAGCAAUGCCUCCAAGAUGGUGGCUAUCCUUCCCGACUGCUCAGAAUGGGGUCAAACAUAUAUCCUCGAGGCACUCAUGUCAUAUGUGCCCCAAGAGUCAGGGGAAGCCUUGCUUCUUGCAGAGCGCAUAUCGCCGCGCCUUUCACAUUCAAACUCGGCCGUCGUACUAACCUGCAUCCGCGUCGUUCUGUAUCUCAUGAACUACAUCUCGGACCAGAGACAGAUCGCAAUCCUGUGCAAAAAGCUAUCGCCUCCCCUGGUGACGCUCCUUGCCAAGGGCCCAGAAGUACAGUACCUCGCUCUGCGAAACGCUCUGUUGAUCUUGCAGCGUCGACCUGAAGUCUUGCGCAACGACAUUCGGGUCUUCUUCUGCAAGUACAACGACCCCAUCUACGUAAAGGUCACGAAGCUGGAGCUCAUCUUCAUGCUCGCCAACGAAAACAACAUCGAUGAGGUCCUCACCGAACUUAGAGAGUACGCGACGGAAAUCGACGUUCACUUCGUUCGCAAGGCAGUGCGAGCGAUAGGCAAGCUGGCUAUCAAGAUCGAGCCGGCAGCGCGGCAAUGUAUCAACCUGCUCCUCGAACUGGUUGCGACCAAGAUCACGUAUAUUGUACAGGAGGCCACGGUCGUUAUUAGAAACAUCUUCCGCAAGUAUCCGAACCAGUACGAGUCCAUCAUCGGCACCCUCUGCGAGCACCUUGACUCUCUCGACGAACCGGAAGCAAAGGCUGCCAUGGUCUGGGUCAUUGGACAGUACGCGGAUAGAAUAGAGAACAGCGAGGCUCUCCUGGAAGACUUUUUGUACUCGUUCGCGGAGGAGCCGGUAGAAGUACAGCUGGCACUGCUCACGGCGACCGUCAAGCUCUUUAUUCAGAGACCGACCAAGGGUCAAGAGCUGGUGCCUCGCGUCCUCAAGUGGGCGACGGAAGAGACGGACAACCCGGAUCUUCGCGACAGAGCCUACAUGUACUGGCGACUCCUAUCGACAGACAUGGUCGCAGCCAAGCAAAUCGUCAUGGGCGAGAAGCCGCCCAUCACGGCCGAAUCUGAGCGUCUCGACCCGGCCACCCUCGAAGAGAUGUGCCUCAACGUCGGCACGCUCGCCACAGUGUACCUGAAGCCGGUGCAAACCGUCUUCCGCUCGGCGCGGCCCAAGAAGCUGACGGAUUCCCCUGCGCUGCAGAAGCACCUCCUUCCGACGUCCAUUGAGAACCAAAAGAGCCUGAGCAUGCUCGGCAUGGGCGGACAGGCGCAGGACUAUAACAUGCACGGCCAGCACAUCGCCAACGACCCGGCGGCGGCCAACGGCGAAAUGGCGCAGGCGGUCAACGACGCGGACGCGUACUUUAACAGUAUCGGACCGCAGCAGAUGGCGGCCAUGAGGAUCGACCAAGGAGACGUUUUUGGUGAGACUGGGGGUUACGAGACGGGGUAUGUGGUGAAUCAGCACGCGCCGCAGCAGGUGGUGCAGCCGGCGCAGGGGAGCAAUGGUGAUUUGUUGGUGCUGUGA